AUCAUUUUAAACACCCAAACCUUUAUUUUCCCCUAAAUUCAGAUUCCUCAAACCAUCUCUUCCCGUCGUCGGCAAUCAAUGGCUCUAAACUGGAAAUCGACACAUCCAAACACCGACGAUUUUAGUUGAAAAAUUGCAAGCCCAAAAACUCCAAAAUAAUGACCCGUUCGCGGCUGAUUUGGCGACCUGUUCGUGGCUGAGUUCGCGACAUGCUUGGUGUUGAGAGUGAAUCUACAGAUGAAGACCCUGACUUCAACGACUCGGACUACAAUGUAUAUGAUGAUGAUGAUUGCUUAUUCGAUCGUAAUGUGACCGAAGGCAUCGAAAUGGGUAUGCAUAUUGUGGAACGGGUAGAAGGCCAAGAAUUUGAUAGUUCUUCGUAUGCAUCAUCGGAGGAGCUAAACUUCUUAAGUGGUUCAGAUUCGGAGGGAUUAAGUGGUAAACUCAAUUAUCCUGAAUAUUAUGUUGGUAGUGAGAAGAGAAAUCCUCAAUUUGAGGUGGGGUUAUUGUUUGCGACGUUUGAGGAAUUAAAAUCUGCGGUGAGGGAUUAUGCGGUAUUCAAUCAAGUUGAACCGAUUUUCAAAUGCAACGAGAAAAAUAAAUUGCAUUGUGUUUGCAAGGAAGGUUGUCCAUGGAAGUUGUGGGCUUCGAAGAUACAAGGUCGAGAAAUGGUCCAGAUUAAAAUGUAUGACCCUAGGCACACUUGCUUUAAGGCACGUGCAAAUAAGUACGUAACCUAUAAGUGGUUGGCCGAUUACUAUUUGGAUAAUUUCAAAUCCGAUCCUAAUUGGAAGACAAAAAAUAUUAGAGCUACAGUUAGAAUGGAUUCGGAAGUGCACAUUACUAAGAAAGUAGCUUCAAACGCUAGAAAGUACGCCAAAGUAUUAGUAGAGGGGAGUGAUGAGGAACAAUUUGCGAUGUUAGGAUGCUAUGCUGACGAAUUAAGGAGAACAAAUCCAGGUUCAACCGUGCUUAUCUCUCAAGUGGAUAAUGUGUUCAGGGGUAUUUAUGUUUGCAUAGAGGCAUGUAAGAAGGGUUUUCUGCAGGGGUGUAGACGCUUUGUCGAUGUUGAUGGAUGUUUUUUGAAAGGGAAAUAUGGUGGUCAACUGCUAACAGCAGUUGGCGUAGAUGCAGAUGAUUGUAUAUACCCGAUUGCAUAUGCAAUUGUGGAGAGGGAGAACACUAGUUCGUGGAGGUGGUUUUUGACGUUGUUGUCUGAAGAUCUUGCUAUAGAAAAUUGGCCAUCUGUGACCUUCAUGAGCGAUAGACAAAGGAGAAUAAUUAAUGUUGUUGCUGAAUUAUUUCCAGAAGCCGAACAUAGAUUUUGUGUCCGACACAUGUAUCAGAAUUUCUUUAGGAGUGACUUUAAGGGUAAGGAAUUGAAAGACUAUUUGUGGGGUGCAGCAAAAUCUAGUCACUUUGCAUCUUUUAAAUAUUGGAUGGCUAAGAUUGAAAAUGCCAAGAAGGAGGCACAUGGAUGGUUGAUGACAAAGUCACCAAACGAAUGGAGUAUAUCUCAUUUUUCAAAUCAAUCGAAGUGUGAGAUGCUCCUUAAUAAUCUUUGUGAAUGCUUUAACAACUUCAUUUUGGAAGAAAGGGAAAAAUCAUUGUUAGAUAUGUUGGUAGGCAUUCAGAUGAAACUCAUCCAUAGAAUUCAGGUAAAGCGAGACUAGUUAAGAUAUUAUAACAAACCCAUAUGUGCCAAAAUACAAAAGAAGUUGGAGAAGUGCUGUGAUGCAGCCCGUGAAUGUAUCUUGAGAUGGAACGGGCUAAACCAAUAUCAAGUUGAGAGUUCAUAUGGAGAAUUUGUUGUGGACAUGGAUAGUCGAACGUGUGCCUGUAGGCGAUGGCAGAUUUCUGGCAUUCCAUGUCCACAUGCCAUUGCUUGCAUUUUGGAUAUGGGUCACAAGAUAAGAGAUUACGUCUCCGACUGGUGUAAGGUUGAGACCUACAUGAGCACAUACGAGAAUGUUAUAUACCCUAUUAAUGGUAAGGCGUUAUGGCUUGAAUGUUCAAAUUUCCCUGUUUUGCCUCCCCCUUGGUAUAUUCCUUCAACAGGAAGAAAACAAAAAAAGAGAAGAAAAGGACCUGAUGAAGAUGGACAAUCCCAGUCACAGACACAUUCACAGUCACAAUCACAAGUAAGAAAAAAGGGUGUUGUAUACAUGACAUGUUCUAUUUGUGGGGAAAAGGAACAUAACAAAAGGCACCAUAAGUUCGUAGAACCAGAAGUUCAUGAAAGCGGAGAGUGGUUAGAUGGAGAUUAGAAGCUGCCAAAGCACCAGCAGGGAUAAAAAUGUGGAUAUCUUUUGGUUUGUAUUUUGUUUGGAAGCAGCCAAGCUAUCUGAUAAAUGUCGGAGUUUGUUUUGUAGUAUUUUGGUUGUCCGGCUAUUUAGAAGAUAUGAUAUGAUUUUGUUUGGAGCAAUGUAAUUACACUUGAAUUUAAUGAG